AUGCACCACGUUCUGUCUCUCCUGCCGGUGGAGGAUGCCGUGCGGACGUCCGUUCUAGCCCGGCGUUGGCGCUACCUCUGGAAGUUCGCCGCAGGCCUGCGCCUUGGGUGCCUUGACAUGAUCGAACCAGUAUCCGUGAAUGCUCUCCGGAAAUUUGUGGACUCUCUACUCCUCCUCCGUGGAGGAUCACCUCUUCAGGCAUUUGAGCUCAGAGUUGGUGACUUCUCAGAUGGUGACGAUGAGCCCCGCGUGAACCUCUGGUUUCGGCAUGCUGUAACAUGCAAAGUUCGGGUGCUCAAGCUCCACCUGCAUGGCUUUUGCUGGAAGACCUUCCUCUUGUCUCCCAGCACCUGA